UCUGCAAGUUUGUGUGGAAUGGCUCUAACGUUGUAUGUAGCUUUUUCCGCCUGUAUUAAACAAAAAAAAGUAAAAGUGCCGGCCACUCAAUGUCUUCCAACCUUAUUUAUAUAGUGUGUCCGAAAAUGAGUAUGGUUACUACCAGUAAAAACAAUACAGUUGGCAGCAGUGAAAAUUAUUGGCGCUGCGUUUUUUUUCUUCCAGCAGUAAUAUCAGUAAACGCACAGUAAUGGUAACGGUGAGUGAAUACUGGUAUCGUAUGCAUGCACUAUCUCAUUCGAACGGUAAAUUGUAUGUACAAAUUAAUCUAUCUGUAAAAGUUCAAAAAAUGAAGAUACCAUCUAAAAAUGGAGAUACCACCUCUCAACAUGAACGAAACACUAACCAAAAAUUGAAUAAUUUAACAUUAAUUGAUGAAACAACAAAUAAAAAAUAUGUCAUAAAAGUACCAAUGGAAGUGUAUAACCGUGCUCAUAAUGACUUGAUAUUUGCUACUAUGUUAUUACAAAAUGCGAAAUUAUUACUCAAUUCUAAAGGUACACAUAAUCCUAUUCCACCAACAAAUAUGAUGGCAAAUGAUAUUAGUAAACCUAGUUGUUCAAAUGUAACAAGGAAGAUCGUUAGUAAUGACACUGUUGAAAAUAUACUUCAUGAUAAUAUUAUUUCCGACACUGAAGACAUUUCAGUUAAUAAAUGGCUAUCAUCAGGAAAAUACUCUGGAGUGCAAUAUUGUUGAAUUCCAGAAUAACGAAAUACGCGCAUAUCAUGAACACAUCCUGGCAUUCCAGCAAAUACAUGA